AUGGCAAUUGUUGUUGAUGAAAUUUUAAAUGCUGAAAUACGACCAAAUUGGUUACAUCCAGCAAUGUUUCAUGGACCUUUGACAUCUGCAAUUUGCUCUUUACCACCAAUUCGUGAUGAUAAAGCGAUAUUAAUGCCACCAACAAUUGAUCCACGUGAAGUAUAUUGGUCGAAAUUUAGCAUUUGCAAUCAUUCACGUCCUUUAGAACGAAAACCAUUCAUCGUUUCACUACGAUAUCAUCCACCAUUUCUAUCACAAACCUUACAAAACAAUCACAAAAUAUCACCAUCCAAAUCCGGAUCCGGAACUACUCCUGAAUCUUCAUCUGCUCCUUCGAUCAAUGAUGGAUUAACAACUUCGGCAAAAAAACAUCUUGCCACGUGUAGGCGCUUUACCAAACGAUAA